CAUAUCCCACACAAAUCAAGAUUCCGCAUACACUAUACACAAUACUCAAUUUAAUCAUUUCAUUUUAUUAAUUGUCACAUACCCCAUUUCAUUUCAUACAAUAUAAUUUAAUCUAAUCUACCUUUUUAAAUCCCUCCCUCUCUCUCCUUCUCCUCUAUAUAUUCCCCAACUUCAACCUUCAUUUUAUCAACUUGAGAGACCAAAAAUAUAUAUAUUUAUGGAGAUGAAUGAACAGUAUUUGUUAUUAGAAGAAGUUUUGGGUUUGAGAAGAGAAAUGAAUUGGGAAUUAGCAAUGUCUACAGAAAUGAAUGAGCUAAUUUCCAAUAAUGCAAAUGGGUGGAAUUUUGAUUGCUCUGAUUCUUUGCCAAUGGAUCAGCACAAUCUUAAUUAUCUUCUCAAUGGGCAAGAUCACUACUGUUUGCCCACGGCGGCGGGGAGUUCCGGCGAUUCAAUGUCGUAUAGUACGUUGGAGACUCCGCCGAGUAGUUUUGAGGUUUAUAAUGGGGAAUAUCCGAUUACGAGUAUGGAAGAGGAGGAACUUGGGAUUUUGGAGGAUGAGAUUCAUAAUCUUGAAGUUCAGGCUAAUAGUUUUUGUAAAGCUGAGUCUAUCGUUGAAUCUCCUGAAAAAAUACUCCCCAUUUUCAACACACUGCCCACGUGCGACGAUUUUCCCCAACAAAAAAUCGUCAAUUACUCGUGUACUAAGAAACUUCAGGGCCAGCCCUCCAAGAAUCUCAUGGCGGAGAGACGACGGAGGAAACGUCUCAACGAUCGCCUCUCCAUGCUCAGAUCCAUCGUUCCCAAAAUCAGCAAGAUGGACCGAACUGCGAUUCUUGCGGAUGCAAUUGAGUACGUGAAGGAACUGAUGGAGAAAAUCAAGAAUUUGGAAAGGGAAAUUGGAGUUGGGAAUAAUAAUAAUAAUAAUAAUCCGAAUAAGUUGGGGAUUUUGAGAGAUGUGAAACCAAAUAAUGAAUAUCUGGUGAGAAAUUCGCCUAAGUUUAAUGUGGAGAGAAGAGAAGAUGACACAAGGAUUGAGAUUUGUUGUGCAGCAAAGCCAGGGUUAUUGUUGUCAACAGUCAACACUCUUGAAACAUUGGGCCUUGAUAUUCAACAAUGUGUUAUUAGCUGUUUCAAUGACUUUGCAAUUCAAGCUUCUUGUUCUGAGGGAACCGAGCACAGAACAAUGGUGAACACGGAAGAAGUAAAACAAGCAUUAUUUGAAAAUGCUGGAUAUGGAGGAAAAUGCCUGUAGGAAUUUUUUUUUUA